AAGUAGCUAAUUAAGAUUAGUGUUUGUCUCUAUCUAUUUUUCUCUUCCCAUGACUUUUGAGAAGAAACUAUUGACCCUUGAUGAUCGUAACAGUAAUAAUCUAAAAUGGGACCCUCCCUUUGCCCAGCCGUGUGAGAAGGGAAGCUAGGAGACUGACUGCCUUCUUCUUCUUCCUCACCAUUCACAUUCAUCACCAUCUCUCUGUUUCUACCUACCCCCCAAAAAAAAAAAAUCAUUUCUCCGUCUAUAAGAAGAACGUUGAUUCUUCGACACUUACCUGAUAAUCCUCACCAGAAAUUCAGAAUACCAAAUGGGCAUCUGAUAUUUUCUACUGAGAAUCACUCCUGCAUGAUCUUUUAGACAGAGGAAGGGAAAAUUUUCAAAAGCUAUGGGUUCUGAACCAACUCCUAUACCUAAGCUUUCCUUGUUUUUGCUUCCAAGCAAGCCAAAUGGGCCGCCAGGGUUACCUACUACACCUAUGCAUACCUUAGCCUCAGUUCCCUUCCAGUGGGAAGAAGCACCAGGAAAGCCAAGACCCUGCACCACCACCAACCAGCUGCAGCCCAAGUCCAAGACUACAAGGUUCCUAGAAUUGCCUCCAAGGCUGUUAUGUGAGGCUAAAGUCAAUAACAUGCCUUCUCCUACCACAAUCUUGGAUGGUCCUUAUUUGGGUCACUCGCUGUCUCGCUCUAGGUCCUUGUCGUUUGGGAAAGGAAUGCCGUCGUUUAGCAGCUUAGAGAACUUGGGGAGGAGAGGAAACAAAGGGAGAGUGAUAUUUGGGUCUAGCCGGUGGGGAAGCUUUAGAAGGAAUAAAGAGGGUGUUGAAGACAGUGUUGUUUUUUCAUCUUCUCCGGUUUUUGAUUCUGGGGAUGGUGGUGUUGGCACAAAGGUGAAAAUCACAAGGAUCAGAAGGAAAUCAAGCUUCUUGAGUUUCUCUUCCACAAAAUCACAUUUGUGGAAGCUAGUGAAUUUCUUCAUUGAUUACGGGGAAAGUACUUGAAUUGAACAUAGUUUAAUCCAAAACAGAAGAAUGUGUGUUUGUCGAGAAGUUUGUAGAUAGUAUUUAGAAGAGGCGUUGAGUGUUGAAUUAUUGUAAUUUGCAACUGCAGACAAACAUCUAUGAAAGCUUUAAGCAGGUGGUCCCAUGGAGACGUAGGCAGCAGAGGAAUUCAGAGACAAGCCGGUGAUUUGCAGCCAAAUGCCAAUUUCUAAUCUGGUCCCUUCCAAUCCAAGUGGUGUGCUCUAAUUCCUACUCCAUUUUUUGUGGAAAUUUUGUAUAUACAGGAUAAUAGGAACAGUGCUAAUGGUGAUUUCCUGCUUAAUUAAUUUGAUAACGUAAUAAUAUUUGGAUAUAUGUUGCCUACUUAAUUUCAUCGUACACUUGAUGAGAAUUUCCUAAUUUCAAUUUUUAUAAAAAUAAAUUUUAUAUUUAUUGGAAAAUUUGUUUAUUUUUAAAGUGAUAAAUAUUAUUCUAUCCACUGUUAAUAAUCUGACGCGUUAUUUGACUUAAUUCCGCUGUGUUAUUGGCAGUUUUCCACUAUAGUGAAAAUAGUGGUGAUGACAUUAGCAUGAUGGGAGUUGAUUAUCCUGCAAGGAAUGCCGCAUAAUUGAGGGAAAUUAAUCUACUUGACUAAUAACUAAACACAAUUAGCAAAAUCUAAUCAAUACUCAAUUACUAAUUACAUACUUCAUCUCUAGAUCCUAAUUACAUUCCAAAUUCAUCUCUAGUUCCUAAUUACAUUCCAAACCCAUAUGUGUAUGUGUGUAUAUAUCCCAUAUGUAUGUAUAGAAAGUGA